GCACGUGGUUGAUUAAUUUGUAUUUAGAACGUUCUGAGAUAGGUUACUAUGCUAGAUACGCUUCUUUCAUCGCUCGGUAUGAUAAAAUGGUCGCACAAUCAUAGUGAGAAGGAAACAAGGCAGCCGACAAGUGACACUAUGCCACACAUGAAAAGAAGUCAUUCUGCUUCAAUCAAUCGAUACGCUUGCAAUCACUUUCAAGAAAAGUCACGAUUUCCAAGUCGAUUGAUCAGGCGGGGAUAUCUCGACUCAGUCGCAAAAGAAGCAAAUAUCUCUCACACACAACUGGUUGUUGCAAUGAUCUACAGCAAGCGUAUACAGCAGACUGAUCCUGCCUUUCUAGACAUUAUUUCAUCGUCUGAUCUUUUUCUCAUUUCUGUGUUGGUCGCUAGUAAGUUUCUGUACGAUGAUGGAGAAGACGGCACAUUAUUGAAUAGCGAAUGGGCAAAAAUUGGACAUCGAAAGCGAAGCGCUGUCAACAUGUUAGAGAGAAAGUAUCUACAAGCUCUAGAUUGGGACGUCCGUGUAAGUAGCAAUGAAUUCGAAACCAUCGAGGGCGACAUUAGUGCCAAUCUUGCCAUACAACAUGGUCUCCAAGCUGGAUGGUUCUCGUACAGUGAUCUCACAGCUAUAUGGUCGUGGUGGGAACGACAUUGUCCUUCCACCCUCUUAACGUGGGAUAUUUUGAGAUGUCUGUUAACGUGCUGCACAGUCUAUGCAAUCGCAGUCUCGACUCUUUUAGCAACGACAGCUUUUGCGCACUCUUCACGGUCAACAUGGUUACCAUCUCAACACACACUGACUUCCAAGGAGUCCUGGAACAACACCAUCUUAGUGGAAUUUGAUCAAGCAGAGGCUAAGAAUAGACUCGAGUGCAGUCAAUGGGCUGCUAAUCUUGCUAACUCAUCAUUGAGUUCUAGAGUCCAUUCAAAUAGUUCCGUUGUUAACUCCUCGAGACUCACCAGACAAGGUUUCUGUGGACACGACUGUAAGGUGACCAAAUCAGGCAGCAGACAGGCGGCCCAACCGGCCUCCCUCGUGGCGGGAUUUUAACAAGCGUGGGCGUGACGGUAUUUCGUAGAGUGAGUAUAGCGAUUUGACUGCAUUGAAUGAGUACGGGCAUAAUGACAUUCGUUGGUUACACGACGCGGGCUUCCUUUCUCUUCGACUUUAAUGAUGUUAACUGCGUUGCGCGUCGCUUAUCGCGCCUGUGUCUAUAUAGGCCAUUGCAACAGUUCUAGUUUGCAAAGAGUAGUCGAAUUGUGACAAUUAACGCCAAAUUACUUCGAAAUGAAUUACGGCAAUUGCCCUGGUUAGGCACACAACGAGAUUUACCACUGAGUUUAUAAGCUAUCGACUCUUGCGGCACGGAUUUCUCCGAGUUUCUGGCGGUUCUUAUUCUUCA